CCUCGCUAUCACUUUUUGCAACAAGUUACAGAAGGACCUCAAGAGCCUCCCCGGGGAUGCAGUGGAGCGCGUGCCGGUCGUUCUUUCCCUCUGCGGCCACCGUGUAGUACGUGCGGACCGCCGGACCGCUCCCCACGACACGACACGUCGCCGUCACAGCAUCGACAUGGGUGGUCAGAGCACCCGUGCUGUUCUCGUCGCAGUGCUCUGCCUGCACGCCUUGUCGGCGCAUGGUCGGAGCUCCCCGCGGCUGGGGGCCGCGAUGGGCGACGCCUGUGCGUGUGACGGCCAGGCCGCCGGCCUCCGCCUCCUGCGGGGUCAGAACGAGCUGGCCGACUGCGAGGCGGGCUUCCACUGCGACUGCGCCACCAAGACGGUGCUCCAGUGCGACGACGGCGUCCCCUUCCCCAUGUUCGGCCAGAGGCAGCUCGACGAGAGUUCUCAGAUGUGCAACUUUGGUGUCGACUGUGCGGCCCAGCUCAAGCCGAAGCCGGCCACGACCGAGGAGUCCGCGACGACGACCCCGGUGGAGACGUCGUGCGCGUGCAGCGUGAGGGACGGGCCGCCGCGGCAGCUCAUCCGCGGCCAGGGCGAGCAGGACAAGUGUGAGGCGGGCGAGUACUGCGACUGCGCGACCAGGGCCGUGAUGCACUGCGAGGGGUUGAUGGAGCGGUUCGACGAGACGAGCCAGGGCUGCGAGCUGCUCCUGGACUGCGAGGAGGCCCUCGCGCCCAGCACGCCUACCGCGGCCCCCAGCGACGCGCCCAGCGACGCGCCCAGCGACGCGCCCAGCGACGCGCCCAGCGACGCGCCCAGCGACGCGCCCAGCGACGCGUCCAGCGUCACGGCCACCGCGGCCACCGCCGAGGCGUCCACGGUCACGCUCGCCCCGCAGUGCACCUGCGACCCCAGCGGCCCCGCCCAGCAGCUGCUGCGAGGGGCCGGCCAGCUGCAGAGCUGCGAGGCGGGCACGUACUGCGACUGCAGCAGUCGCCAGCUGGGGAGCUGCGCCGUGUCGUCGCUGUUCGCCGGGAUCGUGUUCAACGAGGAGGACCAGAGCUGCGUCUACGACUCGGACUUCUGCCGGGCCUUCUUCGACCCCAAGCCCAGGACGCAGCCCACGGCCUCGGCCCCGACCACCUCCAGCGAGGGCACGACGCCGAGCCUCAGCGGCCGGUGCGUCUGCCAGCGCGGCGGCCACGAGCUGCAGCUCAUGCGCGGCCCGAGCGGGACGGCCGACUGCGUCCAGGGCUACUACUGCGACUGCCUCGCCCAGAGCGUGCGGCGGUGCGAGUCUCUCCUCGACGCCGACUGGAAGUUCGACGAGGACGAGCAGGAGUGCAAGUACGACUUCGACUGCCAGAGCUUCCUGGACAAGCACCCCGCCGUCCCGGACGACAACAACGGCGCCGGCGACAGCAGCAGCAGCGCAGGCGCUCUGGUGGACUGGGCGGGCUCCACGCACGCCGUCUGGUACCGAUUCGUUAUUGUCGCCUUUAUGGUAAUUGUUGCUAACGUCGGAGUAAUAUACAGUAUCCAAUACUACUGUCGGCUCCGAGGCUAUCCUGCACCCCCCAGCCGGCUGAUUCGCUGCCGGCGGACCCAAGCGGCCCAAGGCGCCGACGCGCUCCCAGAAAAGUCGCUCGGCGGGGAGAGUCGGGCGUAACUGUGCCAAGUACCCAUCCACGCACCCACUGUGUGUCGCACCUUUAAACACUAGCACACCAAACAAGACGCAGGGCAAACAAAAUAACGAAACUGCAGUAGGUU